CAUCAUUGUAUAGACGCUGAUCCAAGAAGGGCGCCUUACACAUGCAGUAUUGUGCGGCGAUUUGCACGGAAUGAAACGAAGAUAGCAUCGGUCUACUUGCUAGUGGACACAUGCAUCCUGCCUCUAUCCAGUAUACUCGGGUCAUAUCGCGAGGCUGAUCUGGGUACUCUUUCCAACCACGCACGUCUUCAGGCGUGCAGGCAGUAGAUCACAGGAUCCCAGGGCGUGCUUCCAGUCAAUCUGUGCUCAACUAUCACCAACUCCAUCAUCGGAACGAUCCAGUAUGCGAGUGUAUAUAUAGCGGGCAGGAUACACACUUCUAUCGCACCAUCCUCAUCACUCAAGCAUCACUACUCUCCUGUGCUUCAACAAUCUACAACAUUCAUCUACCACAUCCUUAUUCUACUUCCCAUCAUGCGUUUCUCAACCAUCGCCGCUACCGCUCUCUGCCUCGGCUACAAUGCCAUGGCCAUAUCUCUUCCGGAGCGGGAGGCUCUGCCACUCUUGAGCGAGGAAACACAGUCUGACGACAGCCUCGCAAAACGCCUCACCAUCGAAGAGGCAGUCGCUAUCCUAGGUGCAGGCUCCAUGGUCGCGCUCAACGUGAACGCCAUCGCGACCUACGUUUCAAACUUGAUGAAGGCACAGAGCGAUGCCAACACUUGUGGUGUUAUCACCGGCACCGUUGACGGCGUAAACUACCAAUACCACGCGGCCACGACCGGAAAAAACUGCGACACAACCGCCGAAGUCAAAACCAUGAAAGACGCCGUGUCUCGCGGCCUAGAAUUCAUGACUACGCACAACAUUAACCAAGCCUGCUUCAACAUGCAGCAUGGCGGCACCUGGAGGGGUUUGCUGCAGUUGGCGAGUGGGGAUAGACAGAUUGUUAAUGGCAAGUGCGAUAGUGUGACUUAUACUUUGACCGUCACUUAGGUGGUCGGAGUGGGGAUUGGGGGGAUGAGUAACGAGUGGCGGUGGUGGUGGAUGGGUAGUGUAGAUGGGAGAUGGAAUUUGACGUUGCUUGAUGCCUUCA